CAUUUGGGCCUGCAACAGUUUGCAAUGCAAGAGCUGAAGACUGAAGUGUCAGGGAGUCCUGCCAAGUCCUGCAAAAGAAGGUGCGCCUCAGCACAUGCAGACGGACCUCCGAACGACCACCUGUGCUCAUGGCACAUUGACGCCAUCUACUGACUUCAGCAGCUUUGCUGGUGUCUUUUUGGAUUUGACGUAAGUUUUGCGCUGCAAAACCAUUAGCACAACGGUGUGCGAAGAGGGCCCCGGAGGCCCCCAGUCAGGAAAUCGUGGAUUUGGGAUGCACAUGGUGGUCCAGUCCUGCUCAGGUUGAGGACGUCUUCCGUGCCGCGCCAUGGCUGAAAGUGGCUUCUGGACUUGAGGCGACAGGCUAGGAGGAGAGAGUCAAACGGACAAAUGCGACUAAGAGUUUGAGGAUCCAGAAGAAUGUGCAAUGGUGACGGGCCAUAAAAGAAGCUAGUGAAGACAGUGUGUUUAUUGUUAGCUUUUGCAAGAUCAGCCAAGGAGGUGGCGUAUAGUCAGGAGCUCCUCAAAUAGUAGAGCCAGGGUUGUCAGAGCAGAAAAGAAUCUCUGGAUCACGAGAAGGAACAAGUUGCUGGAGCUGGCAUCAUCAUGUCUACCAGCGGGAGGGGCAUUGUUGAGAGCCAUGGAAAGGACGAAACUGAACAAAGUACAGGAACAGCAAUGCAACAAGAGGCUCCUGAUGCUGAAGCCCCAGCGCCGGAGAUAACACCCAUGGAUCUGGACCUGGCACCUGUGCCCUUCCACACCGACACGAAGGAUGCGGGUUUAAACAAUGAGUCAAUGAGCAGAGAUGCAGACCGAACUGGUGCGGCACUGUCGCAAGAGCUGGAGAUGCUUGGAACUGUGCAGGUCCCGUCUAUAGUUCGUCGAAUUGCUGUCCGGUCUGUCCUGUGGGAAGACAUUGUUGUGGAGAUCCCAAGCACAGCCACCAUGGCUGACUUCAGGAGAGCCAUUGAGGUCCAGAGCGGGGGGAGGCUCCGGGAGGACAUGUUGCCUGAACUAGUGUAUGACGGGAUUCUUCUCCCCACCGACAAUACGAGCAUCGAAGAGGCGGGGCUUACGGCCGAGAGUGCGGUGGUCGGCUUUCUGGCAAUGAAUGUGUCAGCACUGACAGGCUCUGCCGGCUUGGAGUUGGAACAGGUGAAGGAGAAAAAGGGUAAAGACCGUCGGAUAAAGAUCUAUGUCCCUAGUGCGCCGCGUCUGCCAACCAAUGCUCCAGCUUUGGAGGACACCACGCCCCCUCACAGCACGCCCACGGCUCUUCCAGCCGAACCUUUGCCAUCGGCGCAAUUCCAGGGCUUUCCUCCGCCGCCAGUGCCUCAAUCCAUCCCAGUCCCCUCCAGCGACCUUCCCACCCUCCCCAACCGAGUCGAACAACACCCUCCGGUCCCUUCUGAAGCACAAACCCCUCCGCUCGUCCAAGAUCAGCCUGCUCCAGUCGUCCGUUCCAGCGCACUUCCCGCUGGUCCUCCUGCGCUUCAUCAUACCUCUGCAAACGUCCCUGACGUCAGCCAAGGUCACCAAGCACCCCUUGCCGACGUCCCGGAAACGGCAGCAUAUUCCGAUGCCUCUCAACCCCUUUCCGAACCCCAUGCCGAGGCCCCUCAACCUUUCCCAGCCCCUUCGGAAGGCCAAAUACCCUCGUUGUCUUCCGAGCCGCCAAACCCCCCAGAAACGUCCACUACUGUUGCUUCCAAAGAAUUGGCGCCACCGGAGGAAAUCACACCGUCCGAAGCGGAGGAAGCGACCCCAUCCAGCGUAGUUGGGCCGUCCAACAUCGCCCUGGAAAUGGUGGACGCGAGCAGCCAGAUCGAGCCCGGGGAACUCCACUUCCCGCUUCUAGUUUUGGCUGCGGUACCCCCCCACCUUCUCCAGUACAGCAUGGGGGGGGAUCCCAACCCCCCUCCCGAGAUUGCGGCCCCCGAAAACGCCCAUCCUCCGGAAACAAUGGAGCCGCCAGCGAGCGUUGCACCAGUCGCAGAAAUGGUGGUCGAAGAGGCGCCGAGCGCUGGGGGCGGCAUGGAAGUUGCGCUGGUUCCGGUGCCCUACCUUCCCCCGCCGCCUGUCGUCUACGGACCCGGGGGCCGGGAGAUGGUUCCAGUCGACACAUCCCGGCGACGGAAACAGAAGAGGCGGCUGUCGGAAACAGAGGAAGAGCGGGAGGUGCGCCUGCGGCGGGCCCGGAAGCUGUUCACAGUGGGCGAGGUGGAGGCGCUCGUGACGGCCGUUGAGAGACUGGGGCCCGGAAGGUGGCGUGAGGUGAAAGAGCGGGUCUUCAGCCACGCAGAUCACCGAACUUACGGGGACUUGAAGGACAAGUGGAAGACGCUGGUGAAGACGGCCCAGAUCGCGCCCCAGCAGCGGCGGGGCGUGGAGAUCCCGGAGGAGCUGCUGGAGCGCGUCACGCGCGCGCACGCGUUCUGGACCGCGCAGGCCGCCAAGGACGAGCGCCUCACGGACGCCGAUGCGCCGCCACGUGUCCACUAUGUGCGGAUGCCGCAGCCAAUUAGGAGACCCGUCUACUUCACAAACGGCGCACACCCCCCCCAGCCCGACAUGCACGCCCAUCACCACCCCGCUAUGCCGCAGGGGGGUCCGGUGGCUGGGCCAACACCCCCCCACGAUGGCCAGCACAUGCAUGGCCACGCGGAGGGGAUGGGACAGGAUGGCGUACCAGCCGGGCAGACGACUGGUCACAUGAAGCAAGACGGUUACCAUGCUCAGCAACCACAGGGAUACCACUUGCAACAGGAGGAGAUGGGCCAUCGAUUGGGCGACCCAGGAGCAACUCAAGCGCAGGGCCAGCAAGGGCCGCCCAUGUCCCAGGACGGUCGGCCGCCCGACGCCCCCCCUGGCCACGAGCAGUACGCCGGUCAUCCCCCCCAAUACGUGGACGCCUCCGCCGCGCAGCACUGGCAGCAGCAGAUGCACGCGCACUACUACCAGCAGCAAGCAUACCCGCCGCAAUAUACAUACGAGGGCGCCCCGCCUCCAAAUGCGCCGUACCAGCAGGGCCAGGAGUAUGCGCAUAUGCAGCCGGGCGCUCCGCAGCAUAUGGAGCCGGCGGGUUAUCAUCAGGGGGGAGCGGAGUAUGGGGCUGGGGGCGCAGCGUAUCAUCAGAGCGGAGAGCAGGUGGUGUAUCAGCACGAGGGCGAGGGUGGGUACCAUCAAGGGGGCGCCGAAGCUUAUCAGCAGGGGGGGGAGGAAGCGUACCAGCAUGAAGGAGCGGGGGCGUAUCAACAGGCGAGCGGAGGGGGGUAUCAGCAACCAGGUGAGGGGGUCUAUCAGCAGGGAGGGGAAGGGGGGUACCAACAAGAGGGGGGGGCGGUUUAUCAGCAGGACGGUUAUCGGCAAGACGGAGAGGGGGGGUACCAAAACGCGCAGCCCCAGCAGCAUCAGGCGCCGCAAGGUUACGUGUUGCAACAGGACGCCGCGCUUAAUGAGUAUCUGGUGGGUGACCAAGCUGCGGGCCGGCAUUACGCAGAGGGGUAUGCUCAUCAAGGGGGGCAACCUGGGGGGCCGGACGCCGGGGAUACCGGGCAAGCGGGUGGCUUCCAAAGCGGUGCAACCGAAGGGGCGAUACAAGGAGCACCGGUUCAAUGAGCUAGCAGCACAAGCCAGAGCAUUGCCAGGAAUGAAAUGUCAACUCUGUACCGGAUCUGUGAACAAUAGCGAGCUGUUGUUGUGCUGCACUUUGUGUACAACGGGUGCAUGAUGCUAUGGCAUGUGCAAGUGUCGAGUGUCUUGCUGAAAUUCACUGAGCAAGCAUGUGGCUGUUGGCAUAGAGUACAG